CACCUUCCUGCUACUGGCCCGUCGCAACAUACCUAAAUCUGACUCUCCCCUUUUCCUCAUCUGCCUACCAUCAAUCAGUGGACUACAUUACAACAAUCCAAAUUAGAUGGCGGUUUUGUCUCUCUAUCCUUUACGGCUCCACUCACAUUCCUAUACCAUAUCGCUGUCCCAGCCUCUCCGCAGAGCCAGUAGAAACAAUACUCAAAAAUCCAAACCGGCGAUCUAAGCCGUCGGUCAUUACGAUUGUGCAAGGCACUAGUGGCAAGACCAGAGAAUAUGUCAAUCGAAGUUGUCCCUUUAACUAAGGCCGACAUACCCGCGGCCGUAGAGUGUGUCCAGAAAGCCUUUUCCGACGACCCUUACUUCCGAUGGGCAUUCAACGAUCCUUCUAAGUUCAAUACUCAGCGAAACGCGGCCUCUUUAGCUGCACACUUUCAGUAUGGCCUUAGCUGUGACUGCCCUAUUUCGGUUGCCAAAGUAACCUGCUCUAUAAGCGACCCCAAAGAUGACCGUGACUUCAAGCUACCACCAGGUAGCGUCGUCGGUGUUGGCUGGUGGUACUCACCUCAGGCAGCGCGCACAUCUCAGACUUGGUCAAUCUGGGCGCAGGAGUGGCUCCUCUCUUUCCGACAGCUCCUGAAUAAUGUUCGGUUCUUAGGCCGAGGCGGUCUAAAUGUGCCUCGAUACAGGAUCUGGAAGCAGGUCCAAAUGGACGCACAUAAUACUCUCUGGACAGAUCCCCGUGGUUAUUACUUCUGCAACAUGGUAGGUGUCAGCUCUCAGGCUCGUGGAAUGGGCGUGGGGAAACGAUUGAUGGAAAGUGUCAUGGAGAAGGCGGAUCGGGAAGGUAUGCUCUGCUACUUGGAAAGUAGCAAGGGCCACCCCAAUAUCACCAUCUAUGAAAAGAUGGGCUUUGAGCUGGUCAAAGAGAUUCAAUGUGCCGAAGGUGGAGACGUCUGCAAACUAUACUGCAUGAUCCGAAACCCGAAGACAAAGUCUUAAUGAACAGCACCAUGAGAAAGCAGUGGCGCUCAUUAUCUCAUCAACAAGUUAAGAGAUGGAGUAGCACUACAUGGAAUGCGGGGGACCUUCCACAUCAAAAAAUGAUCCUUUCAUGAACCAUAAGAAAGUUGACGAGAGAGAUAAGUCUGGGCAGUUGAUGAAUAUCUCCUAGGGAGGCGCUCUGAGUGUAGCUCGACUGGACAGUGAUGACUAGCCACCAACAUUGCUUCAUGCUUCGAGUCAUCUCGUAUCCGUUUUCAAAUUUGACUCAGAAUGAGGUGCAAGGCAAUUUCAAUGAGGGGUAGUAGCACUAAUAGCACGAGCGAUAUUUGUUGGUCUUGCUGCGGACCGGGAAACCGGGGUCAAGGAGUUCCCACUCGACAAAUCGGAGACCCGUUUGGGGAAGCACCAUUUGAGGCUACUCUUUACCCGUCAGCCAAUCAAAUAGUUCAAGCAGCCAUGGCCAGACUGAGCGUUGCAGAGCCUCACCCAUACUGUCAAGCCAGCCCAUCAUGAAUUUAACUUAUUCAAGACUAGCUAAGCAAACAAUUACAUUGUAG